AUGAGUGCUCGUUUUCGUGUGCGCAAGCUGGAUCUCCUGUCAACAUCCUCGAAGAUGAAAACUGCGACGAAUGCGGUGGCCUUGUCCUUAUUUCUACCAGAAGCGACCAUGGACGAAGUCCGGGACCUGGUGUUCCACUGUGGUAUUGAAAACCGUGGUAUGAACUGCAAAUAUGUCUGGGUCUGGGAGAUUCCGAGAUUUGUCAUGCUAGUCUGGCAUGACUCUAAACUCUGUAUUGCGUGUCAACGAAGAGUUCCCCUUGUCUGUCAUGCAAAAACGCAGUUUCUCAUGCGGAGUACGCAACUCUGAACUACGGAAAAACUUGUCAUGCUGGGGAGCGCAUUACAGGGUGCUUAAUAUUCCCUUCCUUGCAUCACAAAUUUCCAGACCCAGACGUAUUUGCAUUGCAUACGUGGUCCGGCGCCGUCACCUCCCAGCACGGUUAAGAAUGGUCCGACGGUCCUCGUCCCAGGCGAUCAAGAAUCUCCAUCUCGCGUUUUCUAUCCAAGAAAAAAACGUUGUUAGUGUAAAUUUGUGGUGCGCAACAUGCAAGAUGAUUGCGUCUGUCAUGCUUGGCGUGCGUCGUAGGGUCCAUUAAAGGGCGUUUUCGCGUACUAUUUGCGCUUGACAGGUUUUUGCUGUCAUGCCAGACAAAUUUGUAAUGCUGUUCCUCCAAAAAAGUUACACCUACAAUGUUUUUUUCUUGGAUAUUUUUCGUGCCAGC